AUUGUUAAAGUCUUCAAAAGUCAAAACUGUAUCAAACAAACAAGUGUUUGCUCUCCCUUCACUUCUGCAAAACCUCCGCCUUCUUCAUUUUUCUUCUUCUUCUCCUUUUUUUUUUUUUUUUUUUUUUUUUUUUUUUUUUUGUGAUCAUCCCUUCAUUUUUCCCUGAAAUGAUUGAAAGUGAAUGGGGGAGUUUGAAGGGAUGAUUAAUGAAUAUUUGAUCAAUAAUCAAUUAAUCAGUAGCGGAGUCAGGAUUUUAAAGACGGGGUGUCAAUAUUAGAGUGUAUGUACAAAAUUGUUGCGAAACUUACAAUAAAAAUCAAAUCUUUUUGAGGGUUUUUGAAAUUGUGGGCAUGAUUUGUAUUGGAAUUUGAGAGGGUAGUCCGUUUUUAUUUUUGGGCAGUUUUUAUUUCAUAUAACGAAUGCCAAUUCUCUUUCUUAAGAUCGGCAUUCAAUUUUGCUUUUUAAAAUUAGGUUAAAUGAUCAAAUUAAGCUUAUUUUGGAUUGAAAAAAAGUAUUUUUGGUGAAAAUUGAAAACGAAAAAAUUUCUGCAAAUUUUCCUUUUUUUUUUUUUUUUUUUUUUUGAAUUGCAGGGAUGUCGCCCGGAAAGGGAUCAGCUGUUCCGACCAAUGACGACGAGGCAGGUGAACCUGAGUUUGUGGAGAAAGAUCCAACCGGUCGCUAUGUUCGGUUUGGUGAAGUCUUAGGGAAAGGAGCGUUCAAGUCAGUUUAUAGGGCAUUUGACGAAGUCAAUGGAAUAGAGGUUGCUUGGAAUCGUGUGAAGAUCAGUGAUGUUCUGCGGUCUCCAGAAGGUCUGGAGAAGCUAUAUUCUGAAGUUAAUCUUCUCAAGAAAUUAAAACAUGAAAACAUCAUAAAGCUGUAUGAUUCAUGGGUGGAUGACAAGAAGAAAACGGUGAACAUGAUCACUGAACUCUUCACAUCUGGCAAUUUGAGGGAAUAUCGAAAAAAGCACAGAAAUGUAGACAUGAAGGCUGUGAAGAAUUGGGCAAGACAGAUUCUCAGAGGUUUAGCUUAUCUUCAUAGUCAUGACCCACCAGUUAUACACCGAGAUUUGAAAUGUGACAAUAUUUUUAUCAAUGGAAAUCAUGGAGAGGUUAAGAUUGGAGAUCUAGGAUUAGCAACUGUCAUGCAGCAGCCAACUGCACACAGUGUCAUUGGUGAGGCUUUAAGUUUUGUUUCGCCAUCUUUAGAUACUGAGAAGAGUUUUUUUGACUUGUUUUGUGUUUUAAUAAUAGGAACACCCGAAUUUAUGGCUCCAGAGCUCUACGAAGAAGAUUAUAACGAACUCGCUGACAUAUAUUCUUUUGGAAUGUGCAUGUUAGAGAUGGUAACUUUUGAGUAUCCUUAUAGUGAAUGCAAAAAUCCAGCUCAAAUUUUCAAGAAGGUUACCUCUGGCAUUAAGCCAGCUUCCCUUGCCAAGGUGAAAGAUCUCCGAAUGAAGGAGUUUAUUGAGAAGUGUUUGGUUCCUGUUUCAGAAAGAUUGCCGGCAAAGGAGCUACUCAAGGACUCUUUCCUUCAAGUGGAAAGCCCAAAAGAGCCCAUACACCAUCCCAUUGUGAUGCCCAGCCAACCUCCCAGAUCCACUGCUUCAACAUCAACGUCUCAUUCCAUUGAUCUCAAUGCUGAUCACUGUAAACUUAACUACUGGAGCAACUCAUCUGGUAAUAGCUGCAUCAGUCCAACCGACCAAGUUUUGGAAUUCACGAGGGCUCAUAUGGGAAAUUUGUUCCAAUUAAGAGGGAAGAAAAAUCAUGAUGACAGCUCAAUAUCCUUGACAUUGCGUAUCGUGUACCCUUCAGGGGAGGUGAAGAAAAUAGAUUUUGUCUUUUACCUGGAGUUUGAUACGGCAAUUGCAUUAGCAGCGGAAAUGGUUGCAAUGCAAGAUUUGGCUGAUUAUGACAUGGAGUUUACAGCUGAAUUUAUUGAUUACUUGAUAAAGAAAAUUACAAUGAAUUCAAAACCAUCAUCUGUUCACUCUUCUGUUGAACCGGAUAAACGAGGUGAUGAUACCAUGGUUGAAAACAUAAGAGAUACUGGCAUGGACGAUGUAUUUGCUGAGGAUUCUUCUGGCAUAUUAGGUAAAGCAUUGCAAAGCCUCGACUACUGCAUCGAUGAUUGUUAUAAACGUUUGAGUGUCAACAAACCAGAGAUGGACAUUGGAGAAUCACACAGUGAAGAACACAAAAUUUCAAGAAUUAAUAGCCAUCUCAGCGGAUGUACCCACUUGAAUGAGAUGACUAAGAACUCCGAAGGUGCAACUUCAAUGGAUCAUGGUGGGAUUUCUGGUUUAACUAGCUUAGCAAGCAGCUCCUCCUCCUCGUUAAAUGAGGAAGAAGAUGAUGAGCUAAAGGCAGACUUAGCUUCAAUCGAAACUCAGUAUCAGCACUGGUUCGAAGAACUUGCUAGAAUGAGGGAAGAGGCAUUAGAGGCUGCUAAAAAGAAGUGGAUGAUGAAGAAAAAGAUGGUUGCUCUUUCAGUGUGAAUAUUGUGAAUAUUUUUAUUUAUUUAUUUAUUUAUUUAUUUAUUUAUUCAGUUUUGUUCUUAGUGGUCAUGCUAAUUGUUAAACCUCAAUGCCAGAAUUUUUUAGUUAUGGUAACCGAUUAAUAUAGCUUUUGGAAAGCCUUUUUAAACCUUAGUUAAGGUUACUUUGCACAUAUUCAUACAUUCUUUUUGGAAUGUAGGCUUCUUCUGUAGCUUUGGUAGAAGAUUUUUAUUGGAAUGGAAAUGGAAACAGUUGAGAAGACAAUGUGUACAUAAAUAUUGAGAAUUAUUAAUGUAUAACUUGGCAUUAUGCAUUUAUUUUUGUUA